UUCUAGGUUCGAAGCACAUAACUGUCGACACAGCCUCGCAAAUAGGUCAUUGUUUCCAACAUAGCCACACUCCGAAUCUUAGUCACUCCUGUGAAGACUUGAAUUGCAGAAUCUCAAAAUAUACACUCACCUGCUAUGAAUAACGUCCACCCGGAGCCCCCUGAAAAUGGGAACCGUGCAACACCAGCAUGGGUCGGAUUCGUCGUCUUUGGGGUUCUCGUAGCGAUCAUGGUUGGUUUCUUCAGCCUCGUUAUAAUGCAUGUUGGCCAAAGUUGUCAUCUUGUUGGGUUUAAUACUUCUAACACUCACUCGCCCCUCAGCCGUCAGACCAUCAUCAGGAGAAGGGUAGCUGCCGAUAGGAUACAUUUCGACCCCGAGUCCCACCGCCAGGGCAUUAGAGAAAACAUCAUCCAACUAGCCGCCUACCCUCCGCCCGGGUAUUCGGCCGAAGCGCGCCAGACUUACAAAGAUCUGCGGGCCGAUUUCGACAAGGCAAGGGUCAGACCAAACCCAUGCAGCCAGUCCGCUGAAUGCGUCAUUUGCCUAGAGCGUUUCGAGGACAAGAGCUUGGUUCUCGCCCUCCCGUGCCAUCAUCUGUUUCACCCCGGGUGCAUCACAAGCUGGCUCCUGGAUCACAAUACCUGUCCAAUAUGCAAGGCACACUACGUGCCACACAGCGUUCUCCCUAGCAUGCCUCUUGCGGCCUUCAGAAGAUGGGACUGGAGAUAUUAGACUUCUCAAAAAAUUGGAAACAUGAAGGAGGUACCAAGAAUUCAUACACAUAAUGUUAGUCAAUAUCAAACGAUUUCACCACG